AUGCUUGGUACGAUCCGGUUCCAUUUCUUGGGAAUCGUUGCGGUUGUCUCGAGUCUGGUCUUCCACCCGGCUCAUAGGCAAAACGUCCCUUCAGAUCAGUGUGCCACUGGUGUGCACGCGAUCAUUUCUCGGGGGCAAGCGGGGGAUGGGGAAACCGGCUGGGAUCCAUUAAAUGUAAUGGUGUCUCUGCAGAAUCUCAUAUUGGAACAGAUCCCUGGUUCAACAAGUCUUGGGCUUCCAUACCAGUACGGUGCGCAGGAUAAGUUUGUCGCAGUCCAUGAUGGAGCGCAGCUGUUGCAAAACUAUGUCACUAGCUAUUUAGCCAGCUGCCCGGAAUCCAAGGUCGUGGUUGUCGGUUAUUCUUUGGGCGCGUGCCUCACAAUGGACGCUAUCUGUGGGACAUCUUCUGUUGGGUUGAACCCUGUAGCGGCUCUGAAUAGCACAUACGCUUCCAGCGUGGUUGGUGUCAUCGUGUACGGAGACGAGACCUUUAUUCCCGAACAGUCGUGGAACGUGGGCACUUGCGAGAUCGGUCUCGGAAUAUUUCCCCGCCUGGAUCCGGGGUCAUGUGAGCCUUUCGCGUCAUCGAUUCAGAGCUACUGUGAUAUAGGAGAUAACCAGUGUUGUUCGCCACUCCCGCUUGACAACAAUGCAGCCCACCAUGCCUACAUGGCCAAGUACAACCAAGGCGUGGUCGAUUUUAUCAGAACGCGACUGUGA